AUGAUGGACAGGAGUGCGUUGGUGCGGCAGGUGGAGAGUGUGGAGAGAAGCAUUGUUUUCCUGAGACAGGAGCAGCUGACGCUAUUGCAUGGUUUACACUUGGAGAUCCUGGCCCUGCAGAAACGCUGCACAGAACUGACUCAAGAGCUCAGUGUAAAACCUCUUGGCAAAAGUGAAGCAGAGGUGCUUGAAGAGGAGGAGAUGCUGGAGGCUCGCUGCCGGACUGUGGAGGGCAGGCUACAGGAGGAGCAGCACUCGCAGGAGGAGCUGCGUGAGGAGCUGAGCCACAAGGGAGUGCUGGUGGGGGCUCUGCGGGCCAGUCUGAAAGAGAAAGAGCGGCACUUUCUGGAGGAGCUCAAGAACCGCAGCCACAGGUCCACUGCACUAAACAGUGAUCUGCAAAAGCAAACAAAGGUUGCGGCCCACCUGUCCUUCCAGCUGCAUGCAGCCAGGCAGAAGCUGCAACAGAAACAGCAGUGCAGGAUGCAGGAAAUUCUGGGGACAAAAAAUCCAUCUUCCCUCAGCUUGUGUCAAACCGAUCACAACACAACCGUGGUCAAACCCAAACGCCGCAGUGGUGUCAGAGCAUAUUCACACAUCCGCUCUGAGCGUGCCAGGGAGUGUGUGCCUCGCGAGAGGGUGAUGGGACCUGAGGAGCCCAUGGCCAUGCCUGACCCUGCCCUGUUUCUUCACCCACGCAGACCUAGGUCACUCCAGAUUCAAACACACACCCUGCAGGGGGCUGAGGGGGGAGAGGGGUCAGACGAAACUCGUCAUAGAGAAACAGUGAGCAGGCUGGUUGCCACAAUUCCAAUGAAAACAGCAGCUACUGCUGAAAGCAAGGCAGAGUAAAAAUGCUGUUCUGCUUCAAA